UUCUUAAAUGACUUCCUGAUUUCUCUUUCUUCUAGGAUUGGCAGCAUUAUAGGAUCAGCGAUCAAGAAAGUAAUGGCAAAACCUUAGCUGCCAGUUCAAACGACUUCAGUGAUCCAAUUUACAAAGAAAUUGCUAUAACCAAUGGUUAUAUCAACAGAAUGACCAGAGAAGAGCUCAGAAGUAAACUUGCAGAAUGCAAGCUUGAAACCAGAGGAGUGAAAGAUGUACUGAAAAAGAGAUUGAAAAACUAUUAUAAGAAACAGAAGCUGAUGCAGAAGGAACACAUUAGUGGAGACAGCUGCUAUGACUACAUCUGUGUUGUUGACUUUGAAGCAACAUGUGAAGAAGGAAAUCCACCUGAAUUUGUACAUGAAAUAAUUGAGUUUCCUGUUGUCUUAGUAAACACACAUACCCUGGAAAUAGAGGAUACCUUUCAGCAAUAUGUGAAGCCGGAGAUUAAUCCCAAGCUUUCAAACUUCUGCAUCAGUCUGACAGGAAUAACCCAGGACAUUGUUGAUAAAGCUGAUACUUUUCCUCAAGUUCUGCAGAAUGUUGUAGAGUGGAUGAGACAACGAGAACUGGGAACAAAGUAUAGCUAUUCCAUGUUGACGGACGGAUCUUGGGAUAUGAGUAAAUUUUUGAACAUCCAGUGCCGUCUUAGCCGCAUCAAAUACCCUUCUUUUGCCAAAAAGUGGAUCAAUAUUCGCAAAUCAUAUGGGAACUUCUACAAGGUUCCUAGGAACCAGACCAAGCUGACAAUCAUGCUUGAAAAGUUGGGYAUGAAUUAUGACGGGAGACCUCACAGUGGACUUGAUGACUCUAAAAACAUUGCAAGGAUAGCUAUAAGGAUGCUGCAGGAUGGCUGUGACCUGCGGGUGAAUGAGAGAAUUCACGGUGGACAGCUGAUGACAGUCUCCUCCUCAGCCCCCUUAGAGGGAGCCCCUGCUCCACAGAUGCCCCGCUACAGAAACUAGCAGCUCAGGGCUCUGCCAAUGGAACUGCCCUCAGAUACCCGCUAAAGACUCCAGAGCUUAUUAAAUGGCCACCUCUGCCAGCUUGUCUGCCGUGCAGAAUCCUAAAGCACCUUAACUACUCAUCUCUG